UGCCCACAAGCCUUUGCAACUUCCUUUCCGACAUUUCUCGGGCAGUAUGGCGCCAAACAAGAAAGGAGGUGAAAAAAAGAAGGGGCGUUCUGCCAUCAACGAGGUUGUGACCAGGGAGUACACGGUCAACAUCCACAAGCGCAUACAUGGCGUCUCCUUUAAGAGGAGGGCACCUCGCGCUCUCAAGGAGAUACGAAAGUUCGCCAUGAAGGAGAUGGGAACCCCUGACGUGCGUAUCGAUACUCGCCUGAACAAGGCUGUGUGGACCAAGGGGGUGAGGAAUGUCCCAUACCGUAUGCGUGUGCGCCUGUCAAGGAAGCGCAAUGAAGAUGAGGACUCUCCCAAUAAACUUUAUACCCUUGUCACAUACGUCCCUGUCACAACAUACAAAGGUCUGCAGACAGUCAAUGUGGAUGAGAACUAAUUAUUCAUUGGUGUGGAAAUACAUUUAUAAGACUGCAGUGUUGGAUUACAUACAAGUUUAUACAAUCACUAAUUGGGAUUCUUGAUGGAGCAAUUUUAUGCUUACAUAGUUUCAAGUUGUAUUAGUUGUAUGUACAGGAUACACAUGGUAUACACCACGUCCAAUGAAAUGCUUACAUGAAAAUAAAUUAUUUCUAGAGCGUC